GAUGGCCCCUGAAGUUGCCGCUGUCGAACGCAAAGGAGGCUACGAUGAGAAGUGCGAUAUUUGGGCACUGGGUAUCACUGCGAUGGAGUAUGCCGAACUCCAACCACCUUUGUUUGAUUUACAUCCUAUGAGAGCUCUUCGGAUUUUGGGAAUGCGGAGUUACAAACCUCCUACAUUACGAAAUAAAGCUGCUUGGUCUCCCAAAUUUCACAGUUUUCUGAAAGCUGCCCUUACAAAAAGUGAAAAGAAACGCCCUACUGCUCAAGCUCUGUUGCGCCAUGAACUCGUGACACAACCUCAUCUAUCAAGACUGCUCACACUGAAACUGCUUGAGCUGAAUCGAAAUCCGGAUCGAUUGGCCGCUUGCUCGUCUGCAGGUGCCAAACUGACCAAUUCUGCUGCCGCUAAUGCCGCUCCAUCCGCGGGUGCUCUGCCAUCAGCAACACCGUUCCCCGUUCGUCCGGAUGCGUUAACAGUGGAUUCACCCACCCCCACCGUAGUCACACCCAACGAAGACAACAAAUCCACAAAAUCGUCGGAUAGCGGCUCAAGACUGGAGCAUAAACGUAAAGCGUCGGCAAAUGAACGACCGCAACCACCAGAAAAAAUGCAUACGCCAUGGGUUGGCCGAACCCCCGUGGAAUCUCCUGCUCCUAUUUCGUCAUCAGGGACUACGCCUGUUAAUUCACCCAUCCAAUCUAGCCCUAAACCAUGGGUGCCAGUCGAACGAAUCACCUCAACGAGACAGCCUACAAAUCAGAUGAACGGAGUGGUAUCCAAUACGCAUUUCUCUUCCGCUGUAAGUUCUUCUCAGCCCAAGGCGCUUCUCGAAGAAGUUCGGAUUAUGGACGAAUUACCCACACCUUUACCGGCCUAUGUGUCUGCAGCUCCAACCGCGACUCCAGCACCUAAACCAUCUGGUGACUGUGGUCAAAUGUUGGCAUCCGGUAAGACCCCCAAAACGACUGUGCCAUGCGCAGCAAAUAAACCUCCGCCCGCUCCGGGAGCUCAUGUUCCAGUGGAGGCUCUAGUCCAACGUCGAGUAGCUUCUUCCGCUUCCCCGGUUGCUCCAACCCGUAUUGCAAUUUCCGAUUCCUCUACCGUAGCCUCGUCCGCAUCAUCUAGUUCCUCAUCUUGUACAUCCGCUUCCACCUCUCCGCGAAGUUCCUGUUCCUCGUUGGUAAUGGAAUCCGUCCAAGCUGCAGAUGCUCGUCUGCACGCAAAAUCCUCACAUGUUAAUGGUCACGGUGUAUCGUCCGAGGUGAAUGGGGAGGUGCAUGCACCACCAAAGCCCGCAGACUCAAACAAUAAUCCCACUCAAUCAAUAGCCGCUCCGGAAUACCUGACCGUAUUGGAACCAGUUGUGCUUCAAGGUUCGCUAGAAGCACAAUUCUUACCGAUUGAUGGCGAGGCGGUUUUGCUUGCUUCCCAACCUAACAGACCGAGUGCUGAAGCGAUCGCUAUUCGUUCUAGUGCUAAGCUUAGUCGUCCUGCAUCAACUACAGCAACCGAGCAUAACUCUCGCUGCUCGACUUCAUCUACUACUGAAUCAGACAGCAAUGAGGGCGGUUCGGAUGAGGUGACCAGCUGUGAUGAUGACUUGUCCGCAGAGGAGGAGGAAUUGGAGGCGGACCAGAUUACAGAUCAACAUUCCGGUGAUUCUUCGUUUCGUGGUACGGUAACUACAAUCGACUCCGUUACAUCCAGCAGCACUAACCCAAACCUGUCGAUUGAGUCCAUUCCACGGCGGUUGUCCCAAGAAGAUAGACAACCGUCCGAACCCGAUGUUCAACAGAUUCUGCAUACACAGACGGAGGACUGUUCUUCGCGGCCAGAUGAAGAAACCAAUCCAGUUGCCCCUCGGGCGUCGAUGGACGAAUGGGAUCUAGAGAUCGCCCAUGAAGAGCUUCUGGCGGCCGAUGGUUUGCUCAAUCUGAAUCGCAGUCGUCCGGUAAAUACAACUGCACUGGCUCGUUCAUUCGUUCGCAUGUCUCGUCCUGUGCGUGCGCGCUCUGUCUCUUGCUUUUUUGCUCCGGUACACCACGCGCUUGCUUACAAAUGUCUGUCUUAUCGCAUUUCUAAUCAGUCUCAUGUAGGAUACUGA